UGGCACUGAAUUCUGACGAUAGGUUCUAAGUUUUGAAUACUGUCUAUAAAAGAACAAUACGAAUCUUCCCGGACAGUGAUUCCACCUGGGAUAGCCGCAGUGACAGGAGGGGUGAACAGAUCCCUGCUUGAUUGGGAAGUGACCACAUUGCAGAAGUUUUGGGAGCGGUCUAUCUCUCGGGUUGUUUCUGUAACGACACUUGGCUAGAAUGAAAAUUUUGGUGGUAGCGGCCAUUAUCUCCCUGGCAUCAGGAGCACCGCAUUUGCUGAAGAAGAAACUGAUUCUGACUAGCGAUGGAGACUCAGGUCAUGGAGGAGGUAGCGGUGGCUUCUCUCUCGGAGGAGGUGGAUUUGGACUGAGUAUUAGUGGUGGACUGUCGGGCGGACAUGGUGGAGGCGGUUUUGGAGGCGGUGCCCCUAGCGGUGGCGGUGGUUAUAGCGGUGGUGCUCCAAGUGGAGGGGGUGGAGGAUACUCUGGCGGACCAUCAUAUGGAGGAUCUGGGGGAAGUUCGGGUGGAUUUAGUGGUAGCUCGGCUUCUGCCUCUGCCUCUGCCGGGGCAUUCAGUGGGACCUCCGGUGGUUCUGGUGGUGGAUCUGGUGGUGCGCCAGGAGGAGGACAUGGUGGAGGUGGCUUUGGUGGCUAUUCGCCAUCAUAUGGUCAGGCUGGAUACGGCUCCCCAGGCGGCGGUGCUGGUGGACUGUCAGGUGGAUCUUCCAACAGUUUUGCGGGUGCCAGUGCAAAUAGUUUCGCUAGUGCGGGCUCAGGCUCUCAAGGUGGAUCUGGUUUCGGCGGUGGUUCAGGCCCAACAGGUGGUCAUGGAUCGGUGGGAUUCAGCGGAACAAAUGGCGGACAUGGCGGAGGUGGAGGAUUUGGGCCAGGGGGUUCAGGCAGUGGAUCGGGAUUCUUGGGCGGCGGUGGUGGCUCCACGGGUGGCUUCACACAGGUGGUCGAAAAACCUAUCCCAGUCCCAGUGUAUAUCGAAAAACCGGUCCCCGUUACGGUGGUGAAAGAGGUACCUGUUGACAGGCCAGUUCCUGUUCCGGUUCCCGUCGGCGGAAACAGCGGAGGAUUCGGAGGAAGUGGUGGAUUUGGAGGUAGUGGAGGUGGUGGUGGUUUUGGAGGAAGCGGUGGUGGAUUUGGUGGAAGCGGUGGAGGAUACGGCGGGCUAGGUGGAGGCCAUAGCGGUGGUGCAGGAGGAUUCGGUGGAAAUAGUGGAGGAAGUGGCAGUGGAGGAAGUGGAGCCUCUGCCGGUAGCUUCGCGACUGCUUAUGCUGGUGCAAGUAGUUUUGCAUCGGGUGGAAGUGGUGGCGGUGGAGGUGGACAAGGAGGACUCGGAGGUGGUAGCCAGGGCGGAUUUGGAGGAGGUGGCCAGGGAGCCGGACACGGAGGAGGUGGAUAUGGCAGCGGAGGCGGCGGUUACGGAGGAGGAGGAAGUUAUGGCGGUGGAGGUCUUGGAGGUGGACUGACCAAAACUAUCACCAUUGAAAAAACAUUUAACAAACACAAACAUCAUCAUCAUCUCCAUGGAUGGUGAAUCAGAGAUAAUGAGAUAUAACAGAAGUCUGCUGAAUGAAAUGUACAUUAUUACUGUUGCAAAACUAAACUCAUUUUAUAUGCUUGUAUAAAUUUUAAUGUGAACCCAUGUUCAUCAAUAAAUAAGUGAAGAUAUAAAUAACCACUCAGUAUUGCAUAAAUGACUCUAUGCAACGUAACGCCAGUGAAAUUAAAAUAAGGUGUGACCUGCGAAUUAGAUGUCUACAUAACAUAUAUCAUUUUGCGCUCAGAACGUAAUCCGCCUUUCACGAGAACUGAAUCUACAGAAAAUGCUGCUGACGGGUCAGUCGUGUUCGAUCAAUUCCAUUCGAAGUAACAAAUAAAACAUCUUGAUUGCGUUAA